UAAAUGCUGAAAUGGGUGAGAGACCUUCUUUUUCUUGGAGAAGUAUUCUUCAUGGUAGGGAUUUGCUUAAUAAAGGACUUAGACAAGUGAUUGGAGAUGGUGCAUCCACGUUUGUUUGGACAACUCGUUGGCUCUUGGAUGGUGUGAUGAGAGCUCCUUUGAUGAAGAAUAUUAUUUUCGAUUUGGAUUUGCAGGUGAAAGAUCUCCUGGAUAUAACUACACAAACUUGGGAUAUUGUUAAAUUGCAGCAUCAUUUCUAUCCUAGGGAUGUGGAGUUAGUUCUAAAGAUGAAACCAGUGAUGUCUUCUGAGGAUUUUCUUAUUUGGGAACAUACAAAAAGUGGUGCUUAUUCAGUUAAGUCGGGCUACUGGUUUGCUUAUCAAAGAGAGAAAGUUGAUUUGCUCAGAGAAGCAAUGAUGCAGCCCUCAAUACUCGCCAUUAAAGACCAAUUAUGGAAGAGUAACACAGCCACAAAGAUCCAUAAUUUCAUGUGGAAAGCUGUAAGUGGUGGCAUUCCGAUAGUAGAUAAAAUGAUUGCAAGAGGGUUGAAUGUUGAUUCAAGAUGUCAGAGUUGUGGUCUAGAAGGUGAAUCCAUAAAUCAUGUCCUUUUUACCUGUUCGGUGGCAAGACAGGUUUGGGCACUGUCCAACUUUCCUUCUCCAGCAAAUGGUUUUGAUUCAGAAUCCAUUUUUCAAAAUAUCUACUAUCUGAUAUUGGUAAGUAAGAACCCAUAUGUGUCUCUAGAAAUUAGAAGAGCCUUUCCUUGGAUAUUGUGGCAGAUUUGGAAAAACAGGAAUUUAUUCUGCAUUGAAGGGAAAAGGUUAAUUUUGUGCAACUGCAACUAUUGACAAGAUUAGAGACAAUGUGAACCAAUGGUUUCAUGAGCAAUCACUGGAUGAAAGAGAUGUGGUAUCAGCAAGGAUGAACCUAAUUCCAGUAAAGAAACAAUGGUCUCCUCCUCCCCAUGAUUGGCUGAAAUGUAAUCUAGGAUCAUCAUGGGACAAAGUUUCUAAGACGGGAGGAACUGCUUGGGUUUUGAGAAAUGAAAAAGGAGAAGUUUUGUUACAUAGUAGAAGGUCCUUUGCUUCAGUUUUUUGCAAACUGGAUGCAAGUCUACAAUGUUGGAAUUGGGCAAUUGAGAGUAUGAAGAGUCUCAAUUAUAAUAAGGUUAUCUUUGCUUCCGAAGAUAAAGAUUUGAUAGGAGCUGUUUUAAGACCACUAGCUUGGCCGUCCUUCAAGUUUCAUUCUCGGAUUAUAGGCGCAGCUUUAGAAUAUCUUUUGGAGUGGAAAUUGUCUAUGGAAGAUAGAAGCUCAAACCUUGGUGCUCACCUUAUUGCAAGGAGUGUCACAAGAGAGGAUCGUCGUCAAUCUUAUGUAGCAACUGGUUUUCCAUCUUGGCUGGGGAAUGUUUUUGUAGCCGAGUAUGUCUCUACUUUGUUGUAGCUAAAAUGUUCUUCGGAUGCUUUUGGCGAAGAGAUUUUAGUUGUGUUGCUUUGGAGUCUUUAUUACUAGCUUUCUCCCUGACUUUUAAGGUUUUUCUUUCCUUAUUAUGUUUGCCAUUUUGGGUCUAGUUUGUUUUAGUCUCCGGAGAGAUAUUUGUUCCUCCGGCUUUUGGUUCCGAGGGUUGUCUUCAACUCGUCGGCUUUGUGUAAAGUUUUCAAUGAUCAAUAAAAUUUUCUAGUGAAAAAAAAAAAAGAAAAGUAAAGAAGCUGAUUUUAAAAUCCAGCGGACAAAAUCUGCUGUGAGGUUUUUUCUUUCUAAUCUCUCGCCCCCGAAAAAAAGUUGACGAAACUCUCUACCGGAGGCGCUAGUUUUCGCCGUCGGCGAGGCUAUUUCAUUUGCCUGAGGAUGAACGAAGUUGAUAAGCGAAAGGAAACGCCUGAUGGACAUGAAAAGCUUGUAAAUGAAGGAUCUGCUGCGCGAACAAGACCUACAAGCGUUGAUGAGAUUAGGCUAAGGAGGAAGAGGAAAGAGUCCUUGGAAAAUGUGACAGAGGAAACUGUAGGAGUAGCCCAGUUACUGGGUAACGAUCUUGUUGAGAAGGCUCCUGACUAUCAUGAGUCUGAAAAAGGGUAUGAUAGAUCCAAGAAUUUGAGGCAUGAAGAACAUGUUAAGGACAGUUCAAGAAAGAAAGAAGACGCCAUUUCCAGUUCUAUGGAAGAAAAACUAGAAAAACCGAUGGAAGAGGACCCUAUGGGAGCAGCUCAGUUCGCCUGUAAAGAUCUUGUUGAAAAGGUUCCUGACUAUCAUGAGUCUGAAAAAGGGUAUGAUAGAUCCGAGAAACUGAGGCAUGAAGAGCUUGUUUUGGACAGCUCAAGAAAGAAAGCAGAGGUUAUUUGUAGUUCUAGAGAAGAGAGACUAGAUAAACCAAUGAAAGAUGUUCCUGUUGGAGCAGCUCAGUUACUGGGUAACGAUCUUGUUGAGAAGGUUUCUGACUAUCAUGCGUCUGAAAAAGAGCAUGAUAGAUCUAAGAAAGUGAGGCGUGAAGAACGUGUUAAAGACAGCUCAAGAAAGAAAGAAGACGCCACUUCUAAUUCUAGGGAAGGAAAACCAAUGAAAGAGGAUCAUGUGGGAGCAGCUCAGUUACUGGGUAACGAUAUUGUUGAAAAGGUUUCAGACUAUCAUGCGUCUGAAAAAGGGAAUGAUAGAUCCAAGAAAGUGAGGCGGGAAGAACAUGUUAAGGACAGUUCAAGAAAGAAAGAAGAAGCCACUUCUAGUUCUAGGGAACAAAGACUAGAAAAACCGAUGAAAGAGGACCCUGUUGGAGCAGCUCAGUUACUGGGUAACGAUCUUGUCGAGAAGGUUUCUGAUUAUCAAGCGUCUGAAAAAGGGCAUGACAGAUCCAUGAAAGUGAGGCGUGAAGAGCGUGUUAAGGAAAGUUCAAGAAAGAAAGAAGAGGCUAUUUCUAGUUCUAGAGAAGAAAAACCGAGGAAAGAGGAUCAUGUGGGAGCGGGAUCAGCUCAGUUACUGGGUAACGAUCUUGUUGAUAAGGUUUCUGACUAUCAUGAGUCUGAAAAAGGGUAUGAUAGAUCUGAGAAACUAAGGCGUGAAGAGCGUGUUAGGACCAGUUCAAGAAAGAAGGAAGAGGCCAUUUCUAGUUCUAGGGAACAAAGACUAGAAAAACCGAUGAAAGAGGACCCUGUUGGAGCAGCUCAGUUACUGGGUAACGAUCUUGUCGAGAAGGUUUCUGAUUAUCAAGCGUCUGAAAAAGGGCAUGACAGAUCCAUGAAAGUGAGGCGUGAAGAGCGUGUUAAGGAAAGUUCAAGAAAGAAAGAAGAGGCUAUUUCUAGUUCUAGAGAAGAAAAACCGAGGAAAGAGGAUCAUGUGGGAGCGGGAUCAGCUCAGUUACUGGGUAACGAUCUUGUUGAUAAGGUUUCUGACUAUCAUGAGUCUGAAAAAGGGUAUGAUAGAUCUGAGAAACUAAGGCGUGAAGAGCGUGUUAGGACCAGUUCAAGAAAGAAGGAAGAGGCCAUUUCUAGUUCUAGAGAAGAAAACCUAGAUAAACGGAAAAAAGAGGAGGAGCCUGCUGCGAAUAGAAAAAGGAAAGCAGAAGGAGAGAGCUCUACAGCUGAAACCAAAUUAGUGGAAGAACAUAGUAAGGAUAGACGAAGAAAGAAAGAAGAAACUAAUUUUAGUUGUAAGGAGGAAAGACGAGAUAAAAAGAAGAAGAAGGAAGACAGAAAAAUUGAAGGAGAAUUACCUACAACUGAAAUAAUAACAAUGACAGAUAGAGAUAGGCUUGGUGUGGAUACCAAAAUGAAGGAAAAAAAAAGAAAGCUCUGCUGCAAAGACAACUGAAAAGCAGAUUCGUACAGACGAAAC